AUGGCGGUGGCUCGGAGGAAAGGCCGCACACAGGCCUCGGCCUGGGCUAGGGCUGGGGCGGCCGCGCGCAGCAGGGCCAGCAGCGACGGCGGUCGGCGAUGGCGGCGGUCGGCGGGGGAGGUUGCCGAGGCUUCGGGGAAGGCUGCUGAAGGGGUCACAGGUGGCGGCGGCCCACGGGGAGGGAGCUGGGGCUACCUCGGCCAGAGCUCAGCCAAGCAGGCUGCAAGGAGCAGCGGCGGCCGCGGCGGCGUGAGGAGGCCGCGGCGGUCGGCGGGGAGGCUCGCCGAGGGACAGGGGCAACACCGGCAAGGGCCUGGAGGCAAUGCAGCCUCGGCUUGGCUACAACCCGAGAGAGGGAGAGAGAGAGAGAUGGAGAGAGAGGAAAAAGAUGGCUCCGGCGACGGCUGGCCAGCCGGGGCUCAGUCGGCGGCGGCUUGGGAGGCGCAGCAGGGCAGGGAAGAGGGAUGGAGGUGGCAGGGGGGCGGCUAG